GCCUCAAAGAAGAGAGACUUGGACAAACGCGAAGACGAGGAGGACAUCCGAUUCUGGCCAGGAUAUUUUAAUGUAAACUUCAGAAAUAUGGAUCAUCCGACGUCGACCACCAACCGCUUCGUCAACGCCAUGUUCAAACAGCGUGAUCCCGAGUUGACCAGUUUAGCUAUAGAGGAUCCCGUGGAUGUAGAGCUGGGCUAUACCAUGAGAGAUCUGCCCCCCAGGGCGGGCCAUACAUUCCCUGGCCGGGAGACGCCCCUCAUGGACAGGGAACCAGACAGCAGCGCUCGUCCCCACACUCCUGGGACACCCACCUUCAUGCGUGCAGGAGGAAGGAAUCUGCUGGGCUCAGAGCCAGAGCUGCUGCGCCGCUGCCAACUCAGCUCCACCAGCUCACUGGAGUCUCCACUGAGUCCAUCACGAUCCAAAAGCCCCUGGAGCAGAUUCGAUCCCUAUGACUCCAUUGAGGAUCAAGAUAAGGAAUACGUGGGCUUUGCAACACUGCCUAACCAAGUACACAGAAAAUCAGUGAAGAAGGGCUUUGCCUUUACACUUAUGGUAGCUGGGGAGUCUGGUUUAGGAAAAUCCACACUGAUCAACAGCCUCUUCCUGACAGACCUCUACAAGGACAGGAAAGUGUUGAAUGCUGAGGAGAGGAUCACCCAGACAGUGGAGAUCACCAAACAUACGAUUGGCAUUGAGGAGAAGGGAGUCAAACUCAAGCUCACCAUUGUGGACACACCAGGGUUUGGAGAUGCGGUCAACAACACAGAGAGCUGGAGGGCAGUAGUGGAUUAUAUUGACCAGCAGUUUGAGCAGUACUUCAGGGAUGAAAGUGGCUUAAACCGUAAGAACAUUCAGGACAACCGAGUGCACUGCUGCCUCUACUUCAUCUCACCUUAUGGCCACGGUCUUAGACCUGUUGAUGUGGAGUUUAUGAAGGCGCUACAUGAGAAGGUCAACAUUGUGCCUGUGCUGGCUAAAGCAGACUGCCUCACACCAAGGGAACUGACCCGGAAGAAAAUAAAGAUUCGAGAGGAGAUCGAGACAUUUGGGAUCAAAAUCUAUCAGUUUCCUGAGUGUGACUCAGACGAGGAUGAAGAAUUCAGACUCCAGGACCAAGAGCUCAAAGACAGUAUUCCCUUUGCUGUGGUGGGCAGCAAUAUUCUUGUCGAAAGCAAAGGCAGGAGGUUCCGGGGCCGCAUGUAUCCCUGGGGUGUGGUGGAAGUGGAGAACCCUGCCCACUCGGACUUCCUGAAGCUGAGGAACAUGCUGGUGCGCACACACAUGCAGGACCUGAAGGACGUGACGCGAGAAACGCAUUACGAGAACUACCGGGCUCAGUGCAUCCAGAACAUGACCCGCAUGGUGGUCAGAGAGCGAAAACGCAGUCUGUGUAACCAUCUGAGAGAGAGCGCCUCAGACUUACCUCUGGUGCCGGUGGACAGUGAAACAGAGCGCCUCAUUUGGGAGAAAGAUGAGGAGCUGCGAAGGAUGCAAGAGGUGCUGCAGAGGAUCCAAGAGCAGAUGCGGCAUGGGCACUGAAAAUGAACGUAGGCUGUGAAAUCUUUCAGGUUAUUCCAGUGAAGUCCUUUCUGAUUAUCUGAGUGGAAAGGCCAGACAGUUAGCUUGCAGGAAUGACCCUGCAGGACAGAUCACUUAACCCUUACCACGGGGUUUACUUAACCCUUACAAGUCACAGUUAUUGGUGUUAAAUAAAAGCAUGGUGUAAUAUAAUGUGAAUAAUUCCUCACUAGUAGCUCAUUGAAACUAGUUGAGAAAUUCUGUCCA